CAGCCUGUGUCGGAGUUGCUCCCAAAGAUCCGUGGACAGUUUCACUGAAGACUGCUCCUCCUCAAACACGCUCCGCGCCUCUGAUCCCACAUCCCUGGCUUCGGUCCCCUGAAGCUCUUCGCGCAGCGAUGGAGACUUGGGCUGGAGUCCUCCCGAGCAGCAGCUGGCUCUCCGUGCAUCUGUGGCUGAUGGUCGUGGCUCAGAUUCUCCAGAACCCAGCGGCGGAAAUCACCUGCGGGUCCUGUCCCUCCCCACUCAAACUUCACUCGCUGGAGCGCCGGGCUGGGCCGAGAGCCGAACCCAGCCCACUGCGAGAAGCCCGUGCGGAGAGUCGGAAAGUGGCUUUUGGAACUGAUCGGGAGAAACCUGGGUCUGUUGAGGCUGGCGGUCCAGACGGAAGGCUCGGGCGGGGAAGUGGCCCAGCAGCCGAGGACGCGCUCCGGCGAGCCAAGAGAAGCGAUCUCCUGGAGUUGAGCGACGAUCGCGGAGCCCUGUUGGAUGGAAAUAGGCAGGGAAGCUUGGAGCACGCUUGGAACCGAGAAGAGCGGCCGGACGAGGCGAAGCUGAGCAGCAGCACCAUCGCGCUGAGCGGGGACUCUGCGCACAACCACGCUGUGGUCCACUGGUCAGGAGCCAACAGCAGCGUAAUCCUCAUCCUCACCAAACUGUACGACUUCCACAUUGGCAGCGUGACGGAGAGCACGCUCUGGAGAUCAAUUGACUCCGGCUCUACGUAUGAAAGAAUGAACGACAAAAUUGGAGCCAAGACUGUUCUGAGUUACCUGUAUGUUUGUCCCAGGAACAAGAGGAAGAUUAUGGUGUUGACUGAUCCGGAGUUCGAGAGCAGCAUUCUCAUCAGCUCAGAUGAAGGAGCCAGUUUCCAGAAGUACAGACUUACUUUUUAUGUCCUCAGUCUUCUCUUCCAUCCCGCUGAGGAAGACUGGGCUCUGGCCUACAGUCUGGACCAGAAGCUGUACAGCUCAGUGGACUUUGGGAGGAAGUGGCAGCUGGUCCAUGAACGUGUGACGCCAACACGGUUCUACUGGUCUGUUUCAGGUCUAGACAAGGAACCAGACUUGGUACACAUGGAAGCUCACACACCAGAUGGAAACGUGCAGUACGUAACCUGCCAAGCCCAGCUGUGCUCCGACGCAAACAGGAACUAUCCCUUUCCUGGAUACAUCGACGUCAGCUCCCUGGUGAUUCAAGAUGAAUACAUAUUCAUACAGGUUCCCACAUCUGGCCGGGCAACAUACUACGUGUCAUACAGGAGAGACCAAUUCAUUCAAAUCAAACUGCCCAAAUAUUCUCUGCCAAAGGAUCUACACAUUGUCAGCACAGAUGAGAAGCAGGUUUUUGCGGCCGUGCAAGAGUGGAACCAAAAUGACACCUACAACCUCUACUUGUCCGACACCAGAGGGAUCUACUUCACCUUGGCCAUGGAGAACGUCAAGACUACAAGAGGCCUUGGAGGAAACCAGAUGUUGGACCUUUAUGAAGUGGCUGGGAUCCGAGGAAUGUUGAUUGCCAACAAGCGAGAAGAAAAUCAAGUGAAGACAUUCAUCACUUACAACAAAGGUCGGGAUUGGAGACUCCUGCAGGCGCCCUCUGCUGACCUGAGUGGGAAUGAUAUUCAUUGUGUUCUGCCUUUUUGCUCGCUGCAUCUGCAGCUGCAAAUGUCUGAAAACCCGUAUUUGUCUGGAACCAUCUCGACGAAGAGAUCUGCGCCUGGCAUCAUUGUUGCUGCAGGGAACAUUGGUGCCGAGCUGUCGUACAACAACGUGGGCAUGUUCAUCUCAUCUGACGCUGGAAACAGCUGGAGACAGGUAUUUGAAGAAGAACACAACGUGUGGUUUCUGGAUCAAGGUGGAGCUCUGGUCGCUGUGAAGCAACCAACUGUGCCAACCAAACAUUUAUGGAUCAGUUUUGAUGAAGGGAGGCAGUGGACACAACACAGCUUUUCUUCGCUGCCACUGUUUGUGGAUGGCGUUCUGGUGGAAUCUGGAGCGGAGAACCAGAUCAUGACAUUUUUUGGGCACUUCAGCCACCGCUCGGAGUGGCAGCUUAUCAAGAUCGACUACAAGUCCAUAUUCACUCGCAAAUGCUCCGAGGAAGAUUACCAAACGUGGCAUCUCCACAACCAGGGGGAGCCAUGUGUGAUGGGACAAAAACAGAUCUACAUGAAGCGCAGGCCAGGCAACUACUGCAUGCUGGGAAAUGACUAUUCCAGAAUCCUCUCUGCGGAGUCGUGCAUCUGCCGAGCCCAUGAUUUCGAGUGCGAUUAUGGGUAUGAACGACGCAGCGAUGGGAACUGCAGACCUGCCUUCUGGUUCAACCCCACAGCUCUGUCCAGAAGCUGCAGCCACGGCCAGAACUACUUCAACAGUACAGGGUACCGUAAAGUUGUGUUGAAUAACUGCACCAAAGGAGUGAAGGAAAUGUACACUCCCAGAAAACAACCGUGCCCGAACAGACCACCAAAAGGUCUUGUACUGACCACCAAAGAUGAUCAACUGACUGCUUAUCUAGGAAACAAUGUCACCUUCCUAGUUCAUCUAGAUGAGCAGUCAAGACAAGAGUCUGUGUUGCAGGGAGACUCACUGCGAACCAACAUCCAGUUGGACUUUGGUGACGGGACCGCUGUAUCAUAUUCCAACCUAAGCUGGACUGAGGAGGGAAUAAGACACAUAUACAAGUCUGCAGGAAUAUUUCGCGUCUCUGCGCUGGCAGAGAACACGCUAGGUUUCGACUCCACAAUUUUAUUUCUACACGUCAUCUGUCCAGUUGAGCACGUGCAGCUCCUAUCUCCCUUCGUGGUGAUAAGAAAGCGAGAGGUCAACAUCACAGCACUGGUCUUACCCAGUCAUUCCAGAACUAUCACCUACUUCUGGUGGCUUGGGAACAACACUGAACCAAUUAUCACGCUGGAUGGGAGCAUCUCUCACACAUUCCCCAUUGAGGGAAUGCACAGUGUCACCGUGCAGGUUGCUGUAGCAAACACAAUUGUACAAGACACAAAGAGCAUCGCAGUCAAAGAAUUCUUUAAAUCCCUGCUUUUAUCUUUCUCUCCAAAUCUGGAUGAGUUCAACCCCGACAUACCUGAGUGGAGAGAGGACGUCAGUCGAGUAAUUAAGAAGGCUGUGCUCCAAGUCACUGACUUUCCACCUGAGCAGCUGUUAGUUGCAGUCUUACCUGGUGUCCCGACUGCAGCGGAGCUGUUCUUCCUUCCCCAGAAGAACCAGUCAGAGGCUAAGAAGAAGUACGAAGAGGAACUAGAACAGGUGUCAAACAUUAUUGUCAACGCACUGAAUCAGAACCUGGUGGAGUUUGAGCUGAAGCCUGGUGUGCGUGUGAUUGUGUACAACACACAACUGACACUUGCUCCUCUGGUGGAUUCCAGCCAGAGAAACAGCAGCUCGGCCAUGUUGAUGCUCCUUUCUGUCGUGUUUCUUGGGCUGGCUGUCUUUCUGAUCUACAAGUUCAAAAGAAAAAUUCCGUGGAUCAACAUCUAUGCUGAGGUCAACCAGGAAAAGGAGCAGGAGAUGAUUGGUUCGGUGGGUCAAAACAACUCCGCUCCAAAAAUCACGUUGAGCGAACUUUCCACCCCAAAGGAACUGAUGGAGAAGGACAUGGAGACCCGAGUCAAAAGGGGAGUGGGAAACUGCUGCGAGAUCACAAGAGAGAUUCCAAACUGUACAAGUGUGUGACGAGUGAGUGGAACACAACCUUCACCAAGAGGAGAAGCGGCGCAUAGUUUUCUAAGAUGUUUGUACAGACGACGCUCGGAUGUUCCAUUCAAUCACAUCCAGGCUGGAAGCAUCUGCUCUGCCAGAUCUCUGAAUCAAUGGACAUUCGAGUGUGUCGACAGUGAAGAUACAUAGUCCUGUUCAUGCAGAGUGACACACCUUCGGUGGCCAGCUAAGAAACAUAAUGUACAUUUUCGGAGGAUUUUGCUUUUCAGAAAUUUCUCUAUAGAUACAUGAUGAAAGCCAAUGUCUAAAUCUGCUACUAGACAUAUUAUCCAACUGUAUAAUAGUGACAUUAUUAAUUUCCAAUGAAUAUAUAUAUAUGUGUGUGUAUAUAUAUUUAUGAGUUCUUUAUACGUCCUUAUAAUUUAGGUUAGAUGGUUGAUUUUUAUCUCUCAACUUUUGCCUCUGCCUUGUUGUUUUGACACAGGGUUAUUUUUGACUUGUGCAUGUUUCUCAAUGAAGAUGUGUGUAUGCUGGAGGCUGUAGCCACGAAAGUGCUGCACAUAAAAUCAUUGGUUUUUAAUCAUGUAACUUUUCAAAUGUGAACCUUUUAAAAAGCAACCAUCAGUAUGUAUCUGAAUGAGAUGAGAUUUAUUUGGCGCUGCCGCUUGAACCAUGUUGGUAAAGUGCUGUACCAAAUUUGCUUUUUUGUACAUGCAGUAGGCUGUCGAUUCCACAUUUUUGUAACCAUUAUGGUCUUUAUCAAAUGUGCAAUUGAUAUUUGAUAGGCGUUAUUUUCUGAUGACUAGUAGGGUGGCUGUUGCGUGGCAUUUGGAACAGACCCUGCUUUGUUAGGUUCAGAAGGGAAACGAGGAAAAGAACACAACAGCAAAAACAAUAUAAAUUAAAAAGCGCACAAUAAAACAGGUUGAUACUGAUGUCAUCAUCAGAGAAGUAGGGGAUUGCACUGAUAUGAUCAGUCACAAUGAAGAGUAGAAGAUAACCAGAUACAACCUGGGCCAUAAGCCACUGAGUCGUUGAUAGCAAGAGAAGCCACAGAGAACUUUCCAGACUUGGUUUAAACAGGGGUCGCGACUGAGGCAAUGAAGAGGCGAUGAAUGAGGGCAGGCGAACUCUAGCCAUGCAAGAGGCUGCGUAGGGUUGGGAAAGAGAGAGGCCAGUGGACUCAAAUCAUUUCAGAAUUGAUGUUUAGCAAUCUACUGAAAUAUCUGUGGACAAAAAAGAAAGAAAGACAAAAACAAACUUCCACUCACCAUUCGACUUGCCAUCAAGGGCUGGUCUGCUUAAUGCUUCAAAGAAAGAAACUCCCUGCUCUUCAGUAAGAAUUCAAUAAAAUGGCAAGUUCAAGUAAAAUAAAAAAUACAAGUGACAUGGUUUACAUGGUGUUUACACGGGGUUGUGAUGUGUUUUUCUUACGACGCAUUUAUUUAGAUCAUGAGUUGAUGUGCUUGGUUCUCAUUUUAUUUCCUUCUUGUUUCUUCUUAAAUUCUACAGAAUGUAAAAUGGUAGGAUAGUAUUUAUUGCCAGGCCACGUGGAUGAGAAAGCCUAGUAAUAAUUGUUCCCUCGGUGUAAAUUUAGUGACGAAAGCAUUUAUUUCUGGGCUCACAGACUGAAUACAACAAAAUGAUUGUUCUUGUUCUUUUACUGCAGCAAUGUAGUGUUCUACUGCGCAUGCUCCAUCUGUGAUAUCGACUUUUGACUUUACGUUGAUAUUUCCAUGGUCAGCAAAAUGUCAUUUUUUCAAUGGUUUCAAAUAAAUGUA